AUGCAGUCUUUUGGUUCACUAAGAACUCGAAGCUUCGAGAUCUGGAACACACCUGACGAUUCUAAAACAUUAAGCUUAAGAAUCCGUCCUCGGCGAUUCGAUUACCAAAAAUACAAUCUUCGUUCGGGGCCCCGCUGGCGGAGCGGGGCGGGGGCGGGGCGCGCCACUAUGUACAGCGGAAUAUACAGCGGGCGCGCUCAGCCGAGCAGCGCCUCCAUGGUGUAG